AUGAAUAUACCGUACGAAAUGAGCAAAGAAAGUUUAAUGGUUAUUAAAGAUAAUAAUAACUUAAACUCAAAAGUUUGGAUUACCAGUGAUGGUAAAACCUGUUCAACAUGUGCGCCGUGUACAUCAACGAUUCGACCGUGUACCAGUCGAACCGCAUCAUCACUUCCUGCAUCGCUGAGAGACUUGCCCAUUAAUCGGGAUGCAAGACGUGCUCGCUCCGAACCAGGGAGCCUGUCUUACUCUAAGACAGUUACUAAUCCAAUGGGCAUUUCAACAGGGACAGUAACGACCGUGUCCUCAUCAACGACACAAGGAAGAUCAUCAACAGCACCAGCCGCUGGGACAGUACGAAUUUCAAGUCUUGACGGACUUGAUUCCUUGGGCGUUCGCUCAGAUACGACAAGUCGAUCAACUAACAAUGGACCGAGGAGCAAUGACAAUGCUACUGGCUCUUCUUCAGCAUUUGCAUCUCCAGCAAAUCAACUAGUACCGGUGAAUAAUAAAUCGUGGGACAAUAAUUCUGCUGAGAAUGAGUCUGAUUACGUUGUGGACCCAGUACAGGGCAAUGCAUAUCACAAGGGACAAUUUCUUGGAAAGGGCGGCUUCGCACGAGUUUACUUGAUGACUGAUAUAGCCAAUGGGAAAAAAUAUGCCUGUAAAAUAAUUCCGAAGAACCGUAUGCAGAAAAUUCAUAUCCAAAAAAUUGCACGUGAAAUAAUGAUACACAAAGACUUGAAUCAUAUAAAUGUUGUACAAAUGCAUCAUUACUUCGAGGAUAGUUUAAAUGUCUACAUGCUUUUAGAAGCGUGUCCAAGAAAGAGUUUAAUGCACGUGCUUAAAUACCGAGGUAAAGUUACUGAACCAGAAGCACGUUAUUAUAUGAAACAAAUGGUUACUGGUGUAGCCUACAUCCACUCUCAGAAAGUUGUUCAUCGUGAUCUCAAACCAGGAAAUAUGUUUUUAUCCGAUGGGAUGAUUGUUAAGAUCGGAGACUUUGGUAUGGCAACGCGACCUGAUGGUCAAAGAAGGCGUGUAACGGUAUGCGGAACACCAAAUUAUAUUGCUCCGGAAGUUCUGUACAAGCAAGCUCACAGUUACGAAGCAGAUGUGUGGGCUCUGGGAUGUAUUUUGUACGCAUUAUUGGCGGGUCAACCGCCAUUCGAUACCGCCACCCUGAAGGAAACCUACUCGAGAAUAUGUAACAAUAGCUACAAGAAACUUGAUGACUCCAUAGUGAGCUCAAGCGGCCAGGAUUUAAUUCGCUGGCUUCUUCAACCACUACCGGAACUUCGACCGUCAUUGGAACGAGUCAAAGAGCAUCCGUAUCUCACAAUGGAAUAUGUACCCGCAAAAUUAGCUCAUUCAUGCUGCUACAGAAUGCCGACAAUUCACAGCUCGGUAAUCGAUACCAAUGGAAAGUCAUCAUUACUCGCACCCUGUUCAACUUUACCCUCCGGGUCUUCACUGUCUUCCGCCUCAUCUAGAUCAUCAACCUUUCAACGCAAUCCCAUGGGCGCCGUACCACUACCAGUCCUCGCAAAUGUUCCACACAUUGAAAAUAAAUCCAAGAGUAUUGCUGCUAUCGCCACUGUCAAGCCAAUCGCCCUUCAGACCCACAAAGAGACCCAAAAAAAAUCAAAAGUCAGCCACUGGCUCGUUCGGAAAUUCCCAAAACUUACCAAGUUACGUCAUAGAAUCGGUAGCUUCUUGUAUCCAGACCGUAAAAAGUCUUCAGAGAGUGCAAUGAUGCAUCGCGCAUUGGAACAUUGUCUUGCUGAGAUACGGUACAAUAGAACAACGUGCAAUCCACUACCGGUUGAUGGAGCUAUUCCCCUAUUUAUUACCAAGUGGAUUGAUUACUCUAAUAAAUAUGGAUUAUGCUUUCAAUUGUCUGACCGCUCAGUAGGUGUUUUAUUCAAUGAUAGUACCAAGAUGAGUUACACUCGUGAUAGAAGACGAGUUGAAUACACGACACCGGAUGAUGAAGUAACACGUUACGCUCGUGAACGCGAUAUACCUACAUUCAUGCACGAGAAGCUUGAACUUCUUCGGCAUUUCACUGAAUACAUGGACGAUCACCUUACUAAUGGUGGUGAAAUAGGAGACAGUACCACGAAAGUAUCGCGAAGAAACUCUAGCAACGUUCCAAGGAUGCGUCGUUGGCUACGUACAGAUAAGGCUAUCGUUAUGGAGCUAACGGUUCCGCUGCUGCAAGUUAAUUUUUUAGUUGAUCAUACCAAGAUCGUCGUAUCAGAAGGUGCACGAGCCCGAGACUAUCUUGUAACGUAUAUUGACGCUGACAGACACGCGGUCUCUUAUUGGUUACGUGAUUUACGUGAUUGUGGUUGUACGAGUGAGCUUUAUGAACGUUUAAAUUAUGUUUGCAAAGCGUCACGUGAAUUUGUUCAUUUAGAACAUAAUGCCGCGUAUUCUGAGAUUUCAAGUAAUCGCGGUAUUAAUUCACGCGCUUGA